AGGCCCUCUGCUGCUCCCUGGCCUGCCAGCAAGUGUGGGGAGAGAAACUGGUCUGAGCGGAUUCCUUCCGUCAGCCGUGCCUCGAUCGCCAUCCUGCAGGCAGGGUCCCCGCGGAGUGGGGCAGCCCAGCGUCUGCCAUGGCUGUGAGUGAGGAGCAUUAUGGUGACUACCAUCGCCUGCCAGGCUAUGAGGACGACUCUCCCCCUGAGGACGAGGAGGAGCUGCUGGUCCACGUCACCGAGGGGCUGAAAGAUUCCUGGCAUCACAUCAAGAACUUGGACAACUUCUUCACCAAAAUCUACCAUUUCCACCAGAAGAACGGCUUUGCCUGCAUGAUGCUCUCUGACGUCUUUGAGCUGGUGCAGUUCCUGUUUGUGGUCACGUUCACCACCUUCUUGCUGUGCUGCGUGGAGUACGACGUGCUAUUUGCCAACAGGCCUGUCAAUCACACUCACCAGGGGGGGAGCCUUGUGCCCGAUAGGAACAAGGUGACGCUGCCCGAUGCCAUCCUGCCCACGCCACAGUGCGCCCAGAGGAUCCGGGCCAGUGGCUGGAUCAUCUUCCUCCUGGUGAUGGCUGCCACCUUCUGGCUCUACCGCUUGGUCAAGGUCCUCUGCAGCCUCCUGGGCUACUGGGAGAUCCGUGCCUUUUACACCAAAGCCCUCAAGAUCCCCUCGGAGGAGCUGUGCAACUGCAGCUGGCAGGAGGUGCAGGCCCGGCUGAUCUCCCUGCAGCGCGAGCAGCAGAUGUGCGUGCACAAGCGGGAGCUGUCGGAGCUGGACAUCCACCACCGCAUCCUGCGCUUCAAGAACUACCUGGUGGCCAUGGUGAACAAGUCGCUGCUGCCCGUCCGCUUCCAGCUGCCCCUGCUGGGCGAGGCGGUCUUCCUGACGCAGGGCCUCAAGUACAACCUGGAGCUGCUCUUCUUCUGGGGGCCCGGCUCCCUCUUCCAGGGCAAGUGGAACCUGCAGCCCCAGUACAAGCGGGCGGGGGCGCGCCUGGAGCUGGCCCGCCGGCUGGGGCGCAGCAUGCUGCUGCUGGGGCUGGCCAACCUGCUGCUGUGCCCCUUCAUCCUGGUGUGGCAGGUGCUGUACGCCUUCUUCAGCUACACGGAGGUGCUCAAGCGGGAGCCGGGCAGCCUGGGGGCCCGGCGCUGGUCCCUCUACGGCCGCCUCUACCUGCGCCACUUCAACGAGCUGGACCACGAGCUGCAGGCCCGCCUGAGCCGCGGCUACAAGCCGGCCUCCAAGUACAUGAACUCCUUCACCAGCCCCCUGCUCACCCUGCUGGCCAAGAACGUCGGCUUCUUCGCCGGCUCCAUCCUGGCCGUGCUCAUCGCCCUCACCGUCUACGACGAGGACGUGCUCACGGUGCAGCACAUCCUGACCGCCAUCACCCUCCUGGGGCUCAUCGUGACGGUGGCCAGGUCAUUCAUCCCUGAUGAACACCUGGUCUGGUGCCCGGAGCAGCUCUUGCAGUGCGUCUUGGCCCAUAUCCACUACAUCCCUGACCACUGGCAGGGCAACGCCCACAAGUCGGAGACGCGGGAAGAGAUGUCCCAGCUCUUCCAGUACAAGGCCGUCUUCAUCUUGGAGGAGCUCCUGAGCCCCAUCGUGACGCCCUUCCUGCUCAUCUUCGCCCUGCGCGCCAGAGCCCUGGACAUCAUCGACUUCUUCCGCAACUUCUCCGUCGAGGUGGUGGGUGUCGGGGACAUCUGCUCCUUCGCCCAGCUUGACAUCCGCAACCACGGCAACCCACAGUGGUUGUCGCAGGGUCGGACGGAGGCCUCCGUCUACCAGCAGGCGGAGAACGGCAAGACGGAGCUGUCCCUCGUCCACUUCGCCAUCACCAACCCCCGCUGGCAGCCGCCCCCCGAGAGCUCGCUCUUCAUCGGGCAUCUGAAGGAGAAGGUGCAGCAGGAUGCGGCCCACGCCCCCCCUGCCCAGCGCCUCCUGGCCGAGGCCCCCUUAGGGGCCUCCUUCCUCUCCGAUGAGGGGCCCAGCACCGUGCCGGACGCCCUUCUGGCCAGCGUCUUGGCUCAUCCCGUCCUGGCAGCCGGAAGCCUGGCGCCCCUGGCCCCGCGACGGCCCUUCACCCAGCCCGGCAGCACAGCCAGCGCAGCCGCCAGCAUCUUGGCCUCGCUCUCCUGCUCGCAGCUGCCCCGGCGCGGCUGCCCCCUGGGCGAGGAUUCCGUGUACCGCAGCGACAGCACCCUCCUGGGGGACAGCGUUGCUCCCCGUGAGAGGCGGCAGGCGCCCCUGACCCGCUCCGUCGUGCUGUCCGAGUUCGCUUCGGCCGAGAUGAGCCUGCACGCCAUUUACAUGCAUGAGCUUCACCAGCAGCAGCAGCAAGCGCCCCCCUGCACUCCCUUGCAGCCUUCAGCACAAGCAGCAUCCACAAGGCCUUUGCACACGCGCAGCCAGGAUGGAGGCCUCGGGGGCUGGGAAGAAGAGGAGCAGCAAGAAGAGGGGGGUCCUCAGGCCCAGCAGCCACUGCAGUGGGAGAAGAGCUAACCCUCUGCGGCGCUUCCCUGCCUUCUUGGCGUUCCUGGGCAGCUGAAGGCUGCCGGGGCAGCAGCUCUCUGGGACCCCCCUCCCGCCACGGGCACGUGGCUCGCAGAGGUGGACG